AGCUACGGGAGGCCUGUGCGGAAGGGCGGAGGGAUCUGGCAGUUGGGGCUGUUAGCAGGUGCCACGGCAGGUGCAGCAGAGGUGGUGGCAGCCCCUGCGUCCGCGAGAAGCCUGCUGCAGCGGUGUGGCGUGAGGAGCCUCAGGGGCUGCGGACCUAAGCGUGCUGAGCACGGGGCCAGGAUAGGACCGGACCCUGCUGGACCACGACGAUCAGGGAGUGACCGCACCAGCAUCCAGCCUGCGACACGCGUAGGAUUGGAAGGAGGCCAAGCUGAACACCUGAGCUGACUGGAAAAUGACUGGCCGAGCCCGAGCCCGGGCCCGUGGCAGGGCCCGAGGCCAGGAGACAGUGCAGCAUGUUGGGGCUACUGUGAGCCAGCAACCUGGGUACAUCCCACCGAGACCUCAGCAGUCCCCCACAGAGGGGGACUUGGUUGGCCGAGGACGACAGAGGGGGAUGGUAGUCGGAGCCACGUCCAAGUCACAAGAACUGCAGAUCUCAGCUGGGUUUCAGGAGCUGUCCCUGGCAGAGAGAGGAGGGCGUCGCCGAGACUUUCAUGACUUGGGUGUGAACACCAGACAGAACCUUGACCAUGUCAAAGAGUCAAAGACAGGCUCCUCUGGCAUCAUCGUGAAGCUGAGCACCAACCACUUCCGGCUGACCUCGCGCCCACAGUGGGCCCUGUAUCAGUACCACAUUGAUUAUAAUCCCCUGAUGGAGGCCCGCAGGCUGCGUUCUGCACUGCUCUUCCAACACGAAGACCUCAUUGGAAGGUGUCAUGCUUUCGAUGGGACAAUAUUGUUUUUACCUAAGAGGCUACAGCACAAGGUCACAGAAGUAUUCAGUCAGACUCGGAAUGGGGAACACGUGAGGAUCACCAUCACCCUGACCAACGAGCUGCCGCCCACCUCACCCACCUGCCUGCAGUUCUAUAACAUCAUCUUCAGGAGGCUCUUGAAAAUCAUGAAUUUGCAACAAAUUGGACGGAAUUAUUACAACCCAAGUGACCCAAUCGAUAUUCCAAAUCACAGGUUGGUGAUCUGGCCCGGCUUCACCACCUCCAUCCUACAGUAUGAGAACAACAUCAUGCUGUGCACCGACGUCAGCCACAAGGUCCUCCGCAGCGAGACCGUUCUAGACUUCAUGUUCAACCUGUACCAGCAGACGGAGGAGCACAAGUUCCAGGAGCAAGUGUCGAAGGAGCUGAUAGGUCUCAUCGUCCUCACCAAGUACAACAACAAGACCUACAGGGUGGAUGACAUCGACUGGGACCAGAAUCCAAAGAGCACCUUCAAGAAGGCAGAUGGCUCAGAGGUCAGCUUCCUGGAAUACUACAGGAAGCAGUACAACCAGGAGAUCACGGACUUGAAGCAGCCAGUGCUGGUGAGCCAGCCCAAGCGGAGGAGAGGACCUGGCGGUACCCUGCCUGGCCCCGCUAUGCUCAUUCCUGAGCUCUGCUACCUCACAGGCCUGACUGAUAAAAUGCGCAACGAUUUCAACGUGAUGAAGGACCUGGCAGUGCACACGCGGCUGACCCCUGAGCAGCGGCAGCGGGAGGUGGGCCGCCUCAUCGACUACAUCCACAAGGAUGACAACGUUCAGAGAGAGCUGCGAGACUGGGGCCUGAGUUUCGACUCAAACCUGUUGUCCUUCUCGGGAAGAAUCUUGCAAUCGGAGAAGAUCCACCAGGGCGGAAAGACGUUUGAUUACAACCCACAAUUUGCAGACUGGUCCAAAGAAACACGAGGCGCGCCGCUGAUCAGUGUGAAGCCGUUGGAUAACUGGCUGCUGAUCUAUACCCGCAGGAAUUACGAAGCGGCCAACUCACUGAUACAGAACCUGUUCAAAGUGACUCCGGCCAUGGGCAUCCAGAUGAAAAAGGCAAUCAUGAUCGAGGUGGACGACAGAACAGAAGCUUAUCUGAGAGCCUUGCAGCAGAAGGUGACAUCCGACACUCAGAUAGUUGUCUGUCUCUUGUCAAGUAACCGGAAGGACAAAUAUGACGCCAUCAAGAAGUACUUGUGUACAGAUUGCCCUACCCCAAGUCAGUGUGUGGUGGCCCGGACCCUGGGCAAGCAGCAAACAGUCAUGGCCAUUGCCACCAAGAUCGCCCUGCAGAUGAAUUGCAAGAUGGGAGGCGAGCUCUGGCGGGUGGACAUGCCUCUGAAGCUGGCAAUGAUCGUGGGCAUCGACUGUUACCAUGACACCACAGCUGGGCGGAGGUCCAUUGCUGGAUUCGUCGCCAGCAUCAAUGAAGGAAUGACCCGCUGGUUCUCGCGGUGCGUCUUUCAGGACCGUGGACAGGAGCUGGUGGAUGGCCUCAAGGUGUGCUUGCAAGCUGCUCUAAGGGCUUGGAGUGGCUGCAAUGAAUACAUGCCCAGCCGUGUCAUUGUAUACCGAGAUGGUGUGGGGGAUGGGCAGCUGAAGACCCUGGUCAAUUAUGAGGUCCCACAGUUCUUAGACUGCCUCAAGUCAGUCGGGAGAGGUUACAACCCAAGACUGACUGUGAUUGUGGUGAAGAAGCGUGUGAAUGCCAGGUUUUUUGCUCAGUCUGGGGGAAGACUUCAGAACCCUCUUCCAGGGACAGUCAUCGAUGUGGAAGUCACCAGACCAGAGUGGUAUGACUUUUUCAUCGUGAGCCAGGCAGUGAGAAGCGGGAGCGUGUCCCCAACACACUACAAUGUCAUCUAUGACAGCAGUGGCCUGAAGCCUGACCACAUCCAACGGCUGACAUACAAGCUCUGCCACGUGUACUACAAUUGGCCUGGAGUCAUCCGAGUCCCUGCACCUUGCCAGUAUGCACACAAGCUGGCCUUCCUCGUGGGCCAGAGCAUCCACAGAGAGCCGAACCUCUCCCUGUCCAACCGCCUCUACUACCUCUAACCAGCAGCGAGGGCCUGCGUGCUGGUGUCCUUCAGAGCUCUGCCGGCCUUUCAGUUCUGUUUUUCAGAUGAUGAUGUUUGUUCUAGCAAGGAUGUUGGGGGGGGGUCAUGGGCCGAUGUUCCGUUUUUUAGUUGUAGGUUCGUAGCCGCUAUAGAGUUGACUAAGGUUUGCCGUUUGCUUUGUUUCUCAUAGUGUGUUGUGACAGUUUGCUUGGCAGAGUGGUAGCAAGGGCCAUGGUACCACAGAUAGACUUUCCUAAAGCAGCCGCGUCGGCAGGUUCUCGGAGGUGCUCCUGGGAGCACGUCCUACUGUACGCUGCUCUCUCUCUCUUUCUCUCUCUCUCGUGCAAGUUUGAAUUUAAAGGAGGAUAUGACACAAGGCAAGAAUACCCAGAGCAUCCUAGGUGGUGCUAUGUGGGACUCAGCUCGGGUUCUAAAGAUAAAAGAAUCGGGGUGCCUUUCUGUAUUUCUUUUAAGAGUCAAGUUAUAAGGAUGGAGUGAGUGUUGUUGUUUUGUUUCGUAAUUUUCUUACCGAGAGUAAUUAGCGACCAUCACUUUAUUUAAACAGUUUUUUUUUUAGUUGUUGAAGGCCUGUGUUUUCUUUGUUUUUAAACUACAGGAGACCACUCUGGGAUAGGAUUUCACUCCCGAAAGUAAUGUGUCGGGUGUGGUGGCACACGCCUGUGAUCUCAGCACUCAGGAGGUGAAGCCGGGGAGACCCAAGUUCCCGGUCAGCCUAGGCUACAUAGUGAGACUUUGUCUUAACAAACAGAAAAGAAAAAUGGAAGCAGUAUGAGUUUUGGGUGCCAGUUUCCGCAGGAGGCUUUGGGAGUAAGAGCUGCCUCUGUCCCUAGAGGCUGCAAGGCUGCGGCUGGUGGGCCAGUUCAGGUGCCAGGUGAGGUAUGGCCGCGGCUGGCUCUUUGGCAAAGAGGAGGCUUGGAGUUAUUUAUGUCACAAGAGCAGCUUGGAGUGGCUACGAUGUGAUGAGUUUUACACGAUGGCGAUGUGUGUGUGCCCCUGGCACAACUUAAUAAAGUUUCUGUCUCACUUUACUUUCAUGGGCAUCUCUGUGGUACCUCUAGGAUCUGGCCUUAUCGAUGUAUCGUAAACAAAAAGCAGUUUUCAUUCCUUGUUGUUCUAAAAGCCAGCUCUGUGAGCCACCCUCUGGGCUCAUGGCACGCAGCCUUUAACCCAUCCUGUGUCUGACACCAGAGGGAGGCAGCCUCUCAGACCCUGAGAAAGGAAAUACAGUAUUAGGGUUUCAAACUCAGAUUUGGGUGCCUAACGGGUCAGCACAGCUUUAUUCCCCAAGGAUUGGCAGGAAGGCUGGAAUCUCCGUAGCAUACCUCUGACCACCUCUUCCAGAAACUUCCCAUAACUGGGUGCUCAGGUUGUUCUCAAAGAGGUUUCUGCUCUCUCUCUCUCUCUCUCUCUCUCUCUCUCUCUGUGUGUGUGUGUGUGUGUGUGUCACUCUUUCUCUCUCUCCGCCCCCUCCCUCCCUGCCUCCCUUCCUUGCCCACUGGCCAUGACACAAGCCCUGGGCUCUGGGCUAUACUAGGAAUUCAGGACUCAGAGGGACAGGCACGGCUCAUUUGUCCGGAGAUAUGGGCAGACGCUGACUGGCCAAGUGUAUAGGUUGUAGCCUGUCUUGCCUUUGCUGUAGGUGGACUUGUCUCAUGAGGUACAAGGUAGUGUCACCUGGAGAGAAUACCCUUUCUUCAUAUGGUUGGGAGAGCCAACCUGGUAGUUUCCCUGGGACCCAAACUCCCAGGGAGGGUGUAGCAGAAUCACCCAGACAGGGCCACCCUGUCUCGGAUCCAUGGUAGAACUGCUUGGAUCCCAGAGUGGUUUUUGUGUGUUAACCUAAAAUUCCACCCUUCUGUCACCACAGUUGUUGGGGCCAGAGGCUAGACCUUGAUAGCCCUGACAAGCUGAGCUCAGUCACCCAUCUCCCAAGAGCCAAUGAACAGACAAAUUACAGAGAAGACCACACUCACCGUGGCCACCCUAGAAGGGAAAGAGAUCAGUGACCCAAAGCCACCCUUAGGAUCUGGAUAUAAGGCUCAAAUAGAGAAGAAGAGGUUUGCACAGCUAAGCCGCUGUGCUCAAGGUAUGUGGUCUACUGCUACGAUCUGGACCAUUGAGAGCUCAUCAGAGAAUCACAGACAAGCAGGAGGCACGCUGGGCGCGUCUUCCCUAGAGGGCAGCUGCUGCCUGCUUGUCUGGGCCUCUCUGUUCAUCCUAGGAUUGAAAGGUUACAGGACAGGCACACUAUCUGAAAAGGAUCGAAUCUCAAGCCCCAGGACAUACAAGAUAAGGCUUUGCAUCCUGGGCCAAUGGGAUGUGGAACAAGGGGAGGGAGCAACAGAAGACAAUAUAAAAGAGAGUAUUCCUCCACAAAGAACUCAGUCUUCUCAGGAGAUGCUAGUAGGAAUAUAAAACUCACCCUUGUGUGUCUAGGCUGACACCCAGCUUUGCAAGGUGGAAAAUGAACUGCAUUGUUUUGGCUCCUAAGCCACAGAGGGAUGCAGAAGGAGGUGUUUGAGCAAAGGAGACAUGUCAGUCACCCCCUUCUUCCAUUCACUUCCGAGGUAGUUUGGGGAAGUGGACUGUGGUGCUUUGGUGAGUUAUCAGGCUGGAACCAAAGACAUCAGCUAUUGUGAAUGGCCAAGGAGGGCUGAGCUCUCGGGGAAGAGGCAGGAGGAGAGACAGAGCUGGUGUGGAUUAUGGCCCUCCCAAUCCAUGGGCCCUACCCCUCGGGACAGAACCAUCCCUUCUCCCAGGACUGUCUGGGAGAGUGAAUAUUCUCCCUGGGUCAAAGGAAUGGUUUUGUUUAUCUGUAGUAGAUCACAUCUCUUCUUUUCUAAGUGGGACUUCUGGAAACAGUUCAUUUAGAUGGCCCGCACACUGGUCAGGUACGGAUUAUGUCAAGCCAGCAGCUCGACCACACAGGAACCUCUGUCCUCGUCUGUAAAGCACCUUGUCAGAUUUAGACCCAAGUGACUCCGAGCCAGAGGGAACGGGGCUGUGUUUGUAUUCCUUCGACUAGUGAUGUGGUCUCAAGCCUGUUUUCCGUAUUUUAUGAGCUCAAUAUUGAUCAUUCUUGAUGAGAUAUAAAGCUGUAGAAAAGGCAUAUGUCUCUAUGACAUCUCCAAAAAGGAUACUGCCUCUGAGUUUCAGCCUAGUGAGGAUGUGGUAGAAGCUCCUUCCUUCUAGGCAGGGAAGAGCCUUGAUUGUGAGAAAUUCAUAGUUACUUUCAAGCAAGAGGUUGGGGGGUGGUGGUGUUCAAUCUAGCUCUUAUCAUCUUUAUGACUGUAGUUUAUUUGUUGGGGAGGGGGGCAUUGUCAUUGUUAUCACAAGACUGAAUGAGCAGAAUGGUUCCUUGUGGACCUGAAGGGACUCAGACUCUUCAUGGAACCCCUGGACCUGUCUGUGAUGGUGUCAUGAGAGGUGUAACUGAGAAGACAGGCAGGUGAAGAGCAACACUGUGUCUCUACUGUCUAUCCAGGUGCAGUGACAUGUGGCCAGCUGCCUCACGCUGGAUGGCAUCCCCCAGUGUGCGGCCAGAAUAAACCCUUUCUUUAGAGCACUGAGGAAAGUCACCAAUACAGAGAAACGUUUGUCCCAGU